AUGGCCAAGAGGGAAGUUCAGAGUAAUUUAUACCUAGACACGAUCAACCGCCACCUGCUAGAUUUCGAUUUUGAGAAAGUUUGUAGUGUUUCGCUUACGAAUAAAUCUGUCUACUGCUGUCUCGUUUGUGGGCGCUACUUUCAAGGCCGGUCCAAGUCGUCACCAGCUUAUAACCACUCAAUCGACGAAGAGCAUCAUGUCUUCUUGAGCUUAGACAGGAAAGAGUUCUACAUUCUCCCAGAGGAUUACAAAGUAGAGGACAACUCGUUGAGCGAUAUUGUCCGAGUUCUUCAACCAGCAUACACCGGGGAAGAGGUCAACCAGCUCGAUAACGCAGUGAUAAGCCAUGACCUCACUAAACAACCCUAUUUGUGUGGAUAUGUCGGUUUGAACAAUAUGAAGAAGAACGAUUACGCGAAUGUUAUCAUUCAUACGCUCACACAUAUCAAUCCGCUCAGAAAUGCAUUCCUCCUCAUGGAUACUUACAGGAGCGAGCUAUUGGAGCGCUUUAGCACGCUAAAUAAACGAAUGUGGAAUAAGCAUCUAUUCAAAUCUCAAGUCAGUCCUCAUGAACUAUUGGAAUUGAUGUCAAAGCUGUCGAAGAAUAGAUUUAAUAUACAGAACUCAGCGGAUCCAGUCGAAUUUCUUACAUUUCUUCUCAAUUCCCUUCACAAGGAUUUAGGUGGUAGCAAGAAGCCUGAUAGUAGUGUGAUAUACAGGUUAUUUCAAGGCAUGUUGCGAAUAACGUCGCAGAAAAUCAUUCAGCUCGACGAAAAUGAAGAGAUUGAUAAGAAGUUCAUAGAAGAGGAUAAGAUAGCUAUCAAUACCACACCAUUCCUCAUCUUAUCGUGCGAUUUACCGCCCAAACCUGUUUUCAGUGACGAUGAGAACAUUAUUCCACAGGUAUCGUUAGCUGAGGUGCUAAGAAAGUAUGACGGAGUGCACAAACAAGAGCAAUUCGGUCAGAGACGGUCUUACCAAUUGGUUAAGUUGCCCAAGUAUCUCAUAAUACACUUCAAGAGGUUUUCCAAGAACAAAUUCAAGGAGGAGUACAAUCAGACAAUCAUAAACUACCCAAUCUCGGGUGUAGACUUUAAGGAUUACGUGGAGAAUAGUGAUGGUGACGAGAGUACAGUAUAUGAUCUGGUAGCGAAUAUCUGCCACGAGCACGAUAACAACAACAGCAGUAAAUGGAAAUCGCAGCUCAAGUCGCCGUUGACAAAUGACGAUGGCACUAACAAGUGGUACCAGUUGCAGGAUUUGUUUGUUGAAGAGAUCGACAGACGACUUAUUUUCCUUGGUGAGACAUAUUUGCAGGUUUGGCAACAGAGAGAUUAG